GUCGCUUAGAAUGCGUGAACCGCCAAUGAAGAUAUUCGUAAGUCUCUAGGCGGAGUUCUGCGGUGCACUAUCAUCUUUCCAUCAGUCUGGAGAGAGCCCCGUUUUGCAGUGAGAGAUAGAAAGUGAGAGAUAGAGAAAUCAAUUGUGCCUCUGAGAACUGAGGAGAUGUCGAGGAGAUGGGCGUUUUUCCGCAGUUUUUCCAGUGCUUCGAUUUCGAUUGAUCUAUGUGGUGUGUCGCGGUGGCGGCCGCAGGAUGAUGUCGAGGCGGCUUCGUGGCCAUCAGAAGUGGAGGGAGAGGAAGUCGUGGGCGCUGGUUAUCUCGAAUCGGAGAAAGACGGGUGGUCGCGAAUGCUUCCGGAGCUGAUGGUUGAUAUUGUAAGUAUGGAAGCAACCGAUGAGCGGUGGCCCCUGCGGAAGAACGUGGUUUCCUGCGCUAGUGUGUGCCGGAAGUGGAGAGAGAUCACCACCGGUGUUGUCGGAUCAACAAGAGAGUCUGGAAAGAUCACUUUUCCUUCUUCUCUUAAGCAGCCGGGCCCGAGUAAUUUGCCUAUCCAGUGUUUUAUCAAGAGGAGCAGGAAGGACUCAAUGUUCUAUCUCUAUCUUAGCUUAACCCAGACAUUUAUGGACAAGGGGAAGUUUCUAUUGGCAGCACGGAGGUUUAGACGCGGGUACCGUACUGAAUUCAUCAUUUCCCUUGAUGCUGAUGAUCUCUCUCAAGGAAGCAAUCCAUACAUGGGGAAAUUAAGGUCUGAUUUUAUGGGAACAAACUUCAUACUGUACGACAGCAGGCCACCAUAUGAUGGUGCAAAGGCGUCAGGCGGCCGAGCAAGUCGACGGUUUGCAAGCAAGCAAAUCAGCCCCCAGGUCUCUGCGGGCAACUUUGAGAUUGGCCGAGUCGCCUACAAGUUCAACCUUCUGAAAUCCAGAGGACCAAGGAGAAUGCAUUCCACGUUACUCUGCCCCGAAGGAGAGACCAUAACGGAGAAUGAUUCUAAGAAUCUGGCAAAAGACACCAAUAGUGCAGCAAGCUCCAUUGUUCUGAAGAACAAGACACCCAGGUGGCACGAGCAUCUCCAGUGCUGGUGCUUGAAUUUUAAUGGUCGUGUUACCGUGGCUUCUGUGAAGAACUUCCAGUUAAUUGCCGCUGCUGAUCCAAGUCAGGCAGGAGCUGCUGGGGACGAAGAGACUGUGCUGCUCCAGUUUGGAAAGGUUGGGGAUGAUUUGUUCACUAUGGAUUACAGGGAACCCCUUUCAGCAUUCCAGGCGUUUGCCAUUUGCCUAACAAGCUUUGGCACUAAACUAGCUUGUGAAUAAUUAAAUGAAUUUUUAUGAUUGUUGUACUACUUACUGCUUAUUGACAUUGGAGGGCGGUGUAGAGGGGUCUUUAUUUUUAUUUCUUAUAAUUUUGAUUUUUUUUUUUAAAUAGAGCUUUAGGUUUAUAUUUCAGACAGAGUUGGCUUGUAUGUUUGCUGAAGUUGGGUUUAUUUUCCUGAGCUGGCUUGUUUUUAGCUCUGUAUAUAAAUGGAUUAUGUACUGGACCUUUGUAUAAAUACUUUU